AGAUCAGCCUCUAACGCGGACUGCCAGCUAUCAGCCGAAGACUCGGGAUAAAGUCACAGAUAACAGACCUCUAAUAGCAGCAUGAAGUGUAAGGAGGAGGAAGGUCUGGAUGACCAGCAGGUCUGGAUCCAGCAGGAAAACUCCAGUCUGGACCAGGAGGACCCAGAGGCCCCACGGAUAAAAGAGGAACAGGAAGAAAUCUCCACCAAUCAGGGAGAGGGAGAGCAGCUUAAACUGAAGGAGGAGGCCGAAAGUGAGGAUGAACAACUCAAACUCAGUGAUGAUAUGUGGAAACCUGAAAUAAACUUACACAGCACAGAUUUUCCAUAUCAACAUGUCUGUAAGGAUGAAGAGGAUUUCACAGACCAGCAGAUGGAUAACAAGGAGAAGAGCCACAUUAUGAACCAGGAGGAUCCAGGGACUCUGCAGAUUAAAGAAGAACACGAGGAACUCUACACCAGCAAGGAGGGAGAGCAGCUCGUAUUGAAGCAGGAGACUGAAACCUUUCUUGUAACUCUUGGUUAUGAUGGAGGUGACCACAGUGAUUCAGAGCCACACAGUGAUCAGCUCCUUUCUCACAGCUCUCCUGAACCAGAGAGUCAAGAUCAGGAAAAAAGUAAGCACAUCAACUCAGAAUCAACUCGAUAUGUGGAGCUGAAUAAGAAGACAUAUGACACGAAUAACAGUAACAGAGUGGAAAAUUCUCCAUUGUCAGAGACUCAGUGUAAAUCUGAAAUAAGUAAAAAGUCUGCAAAAUGUGAGAUUUGUGGAAAAACCUUUCAUGAUAAAUCCAACCUAACGAGACAUCUGAGAUCACACACAGGUGAGAAACCUUAUUCUUGUACCACCUGCGGGAAAGGAUUCAGUAGGAAAUCAGGAUUGGAGACUCACGUAAGAAUCCACACAGAUGAGAAGCCAUAUUGUUGUAACACUUGUGGAAAAAGAUGUAGUCAGAUGAUACAUUUGAAAAAUCACAUUAGAAUCCACACAGGUGAGAAACCAUAUUCUUGUAAUACCUGCGGAAAAAGUUUCAGUCAGCUAAUUAACCUUAAAACUCACAUGAGAAUUCACACAGGUGAGAAGCCAUAUUCUUGUACCAUCUGUGGAAAAGAGUUUUGUGCUUUGUCAGCAUUCAACAGACAUAUGCGAAUUCACACAGAUGAUAAGCCACAUUGUUGUAGCACCUGUGGGAAAAGAUUUAGAGACCAAUCGACAUUCAAAAAACACAUGACAAUUCAUACAGGUGAGAAGCCUUAUUCUUGCAUCACCUGUGGAAAAAGAUUUGGUCAUAAACCAACAAUGGAAAGACAUCAGAGAAGUCACACAGGUGAGAAACUACAUUCUUGUAGUACCUGUGGAAAAGGAUUCAGUCAGAUGAUAAACUUGAAAAUUCAUAUGAGAAUUCACACAGGUGAGAAGCCACAUUGUUGUAGCACCUGUGGGAAAAGAUUCAUUCAGAUGAUACACUUGAAAAGACACAUGAGAUUUCACACAAGUUGAAAAUUUCACAUAAAAUCUGGAAUAGCUGUUAGUUGUAAAAGUGGGUUUAUGACAGGGCCAAUACAGG